UAUUAAAGAAACAAUGGGAUUACUCAGUGUCAUUAAUCCAAACACAUCGGGUCAACUGUUGUAUUCAGAAAAAUUGCUGACACGGUAUGCAGGCGUUUUAUUGCAGAAAAGGUCCUAUAAGUGGGAGAUGUCGUCAUCAGAGAGCGACAUAACAACAAACGGCAGCGUUGGGCAGAAGACUGCACGGUCUGAUCAUGGACAGUGAAGUGCAGAGAGAUGGAAGAGUUCUCGAUCUCACAGAUGAUGCCUGGAGAGAAGACAGACUGCCGUAUGAGGAUGUCACAAUCCCACUGAGUGAACUUCCAGAAGCAGAACAAGACAAUGGCGGAUCGACAGAGUCAGUCAAAGAGCAAGAGAUGAAGUGGUCAGAUCUCGCCCUGCAGAGUUUGCAUGAAAACACCCCAAACAUUGGCACUUAGAUGGGACGAUGCUCUGUCCUCUCCAGCCGGGUAUCUGUCCGCUAUGUGGGUCACUAAUACAAGAUUUAUGAUGGAAAAGACUCAUUUCUGAACGUACAAUGUCAAAUAAGUAUGUGCCACUGUGAUUUGCAGUUAAAUGUGUUAGUGUUUUGAUAUUUAAAAAAUAAUAAUAAUAAAAUGUGUAAAAUUUGAA